AUGAGCAGCACAACCAACUUCUUUGCCAACUUGAAAAAGUUGUCCAACUCCAAAGAGCAAUCAACCAACAACAACAACAUCAAAGAAGAUCGCAAGGACUCAGGUAUCAGUCUCUUGCCUUCAUGGAAAGGCAAACAAGAAACUACCGAAGGUUCUACAACCUCCUCCAGCGAUCAACGCAAGAGUAAUGAAAGUACUCAUUCAAGCUUUUUCUCAAGUUGGGGUAGCAGCAAGAGUUUGAACAAAGACGUCGACUCGGACAGAAGUCCUUACUUCAUUCAAACAUGGUGGGAUCCUCGCAUGCCAGGCGCAGAAAUGAAAGAAGGCAACACAAGUCCACGUUCAAGACCACUUUCGCUCGUAUCUUACUUGCCUCCCAUUUGGGUUGAGGAAGAAAUGGAAAAGGUCUCACCCGAUGAAACUUUGGUCAACGAUGAUGAAAUCUCAAUCAUGGUCUCAAUGUAUGAUGAUGACGAGCAAUCACUCGCACAAGAUCAAAUUCCAACCCAAGACUACGCCUUCCUUACAGUUCCGGUUCAAAACUCAAUCUCUUCUCACGCUAUCCCAACAUCCAACCGUGAAGAACCCAGCAAAACACGCAAAGUACGAUUUGAAAUCGGAGCAAGACUUGAUCCCAACGAAGAUUGCUUAUUGAACUUCGCUCAUCCUAUUCAUGCCAAGCGUCAACACAGACAUACAAACAGAUGCCAUCACGUUCGAUUCGUCUUGGAAGGCAAAGAAGGUGAAGUGAUUAAAAACACAACACCGCGAUCACCAAACCACAAAGUCAAUCACGAAUUGACAUCUUGCCUCAAGAUCGCAAGCAAGACUGAACAACCACUCAAGAGCAUCUUGCGCACAACCAACAACAAGAAGACAGCAAGAGUCACAUUUGAUGAACACAUCAGCACACAUACCGUUGACAGACACAUCGAAUGGGAUCAAACAGUGAGCGAGAACCGUUCCUUGCGUCGCACGAUCCGAGCACGCAAACUAGAAAAAAGACGUCAACUAAUUCUCACCAAACCAAUCGAACAAUGGAUCGAUGAUGUUGAACAAGAUGAAGGAUUACCGAUCGAUGGAGAAGACAACGAAGAGGAAUACAGCAGCGAUGAACCCAAGUACCAAUAUACACAAGAUGAACAGUUUGAAAGACUACUUUCUGCUUUCUCUGAUGAUGAAGAUGAUGAACCUGUCAAGACAACCUUCCUUGAAAAGAGACAGUCACAUACUUCUAUGGAACAUUUGGAAUUCACAAACGCCCAACGAAUUCGCUUCGAACGUCAAUGGUUGCCGAAAAUGUUUUUGGAAUCCAUUUGA